AGAGCGCGGAGGAGCGGCGCCCAGGGCGCGGGAAUCAUCAUCCAGGGACCUGCCAGAGACCACAAGAAAACAUGGGGAGGAUUUUCCUCACAGGAGAAAAAGCCAAUUCAGUAUUGAAACGCUAUCCAAGAGCGAAUGGACUUUUUGAAGAGAUAAGACAGGGCAACAUUGAUCGUGAAUGCAAAGAAGAAAUCUGCACAUUUGAAGAAGCAAGAGAGGCUUUUGAAAAUACUGAGAAAACUAAGGAGUUUUGGAACACCUACACAAAAGCACAACAAGGAGAGAGUAACAGAGGAAGUGACUGGUUUCAGUUUUACCUUACCUUUCCAUUAAUCUUUGGUCUCUUCAUUAUCCUUCUUGUCAUUUUUCUAAUUUGGAGAUGCUUCCUCAGAAACAAAACUCGCAGACAGACAGUAACUGAAGGCCACAUUCCUUUCCCACAGCACCUUAAUAUUAUCACUCCGCCUCCCCCAGCAGAGGAAGUGUUUGAUAGCAGUGGAUUGUCACCAGGCUUUCUGGAAUAUGUAGUUGGGCGCUCCGAUUCUGUCUCCACUCGCCUAUCCAACUGUGAUCCCCCACCCACCUAUGAGGAAGCCACUGGCCAGGUGAACCUCCGGAGGAGUGAAACAGAACCUCAUUUAGACCCACCCCCAGAGUAUGAGGACAUCAUUAAUUCCAACUCAGCCAGUGCCAUUGCUAUGGUGCCUGUGGUCACCACCAUCAAAUGAAACUGCAACCUUCUUUUUACUAUAAUCAUUUUUAAAAUACUAAUGAAAGAACUUUCUAGCACUUUACCACUACAUAAAUGCGCAUUGACUUAUUUUAUUGGACUCUGACAGCAUACCACUUCACAUUUUCUGAUUUGAUUUUCAUUAGUUUUGUUUCCUACUAUAAAAUCAUUAUCCAUGCUCAUUAUCUCUAAUGGAAAUAUGUGAAGAGGGAAAAAUCUUAGUAGAGGUCUUCACGUGAUGUGAUGAGAUGUGUGUGUAUCAGCCCAGUAUACGUGCAAGUGUCUUAAAAAGCCAUUAACUUCUGUCUAAAUCACUUAUAAAGAAAAUAUCACUCUCCAGAAUUGGGGGUGGGGAGAGAGACCAACAAUUUGUGUAACAGCCACAUGCUGUUGAAUUUUGAAAAUAAGAUGAACUUAGCAUGUUUUCUAAUUCUUACUGGAUUUUGUUAACAUCCCUUUUUCUUCAACUACCUUAAAUAAAUGCAUGUAUUCCAUCUUGAUUUUAGGAACGUCUCAGAAACAGAGAUAGAAGGAAGGCAAAAAUUAUUUAUUUAUAGUGUAUAGCAAGAAUAUCAUUGGUCAUUAGUGACAUUUGGCUAAUUUUGGAGGAAGGAUUUUAUUGUUGACUGCCUUUCUCCACCCCCUCACCCCCAAAUUAAACAGUGUUUGCUUAGUGUCUUUGAAUGUCUGAUGCUAUUUGUAUUAACAUCUUGGUAGAGAGGAUUUCCUGGUAACAUAAUAGUUUCUAGAGUAGUUAUAUGUAUUAAUGACAGGGAAUAGAUACACAUUUCUCCUUUGCUCAUUUGUGAGAAAAUUAUUUUCUUUUUGCUGUUUUAUUGCCUUUUACUCUACUGUCUCCUCCCUCUCCUACCGCCACAGAAUCUAUAAGAACCUAAGAAUUUAGUUAAAAUUCUUGAAAUUAUUUUCUUAAGUUUUUGUAUAGACUGGAGUCUUUGCCUCAAGAUGGUUAGGAGGCCUUUUUCCAUUAAAUUAAGAACUGUGAUUUUAUAUUGCUCUUCAGUUGGUGGAGGAAAACUGCAAAGUCUAUGUUGUGCCAGGUGCACAAUAAAUCUGUUACAGUUUUACAUAGAUCUCAUUGUUGCUAUUUCAUUUUGUAUUUUCAUUUUUUUUUAAGUGCAGGAUUUUUCUUUUCCCCUGGAGUAGAGGGAACAGGCUAUGAAUUAACUGCCAACAUAAACUGACUCAGAAGUUGAUGGAAAAUUUAUUAUAUUGGUCAGGGAAAUGGCUGUGCCACUCCCAAGCCUCCUUAAUGUUGGAGAAAAUGGUUCAUUGAGGCAGAAGGAACACAGGUUCUGGAAGCGUCAGCCAUAUCCUGCUGCCUCCAUCUCCAUCCCCACAGGCCCGUCCCCCAGUCCUGCCCUGGAACCCCAAAAAGGAGAAGUGCUGGCGGGAAACCCUGAACUAGGAGUCAGAUGACCUGAAUUCUCAUCCUGUUCUGUAAAAAAGGUACUUGCCAUGGUGCCCUGGGAAAGGCCCAUAUCUGCACCUCAGAUUCCUUAACUCGGAAACGGAUAAUGUCAUUUGGCCUGUCUCCAGGGGCUUUAAAAGGAUCUAAUGAGGUGGUGUGUUAUGAAAGUAAUUUGUAAGAUGUGAAGAGCUGUCUACGUGUGAUGUCAUAGCAUUGCUCUUACUGUGCUUAAGGGAGAAUUUUCUCUGUUUCCCUAAAAUUUAUCAGAGCGUUCACAUAGUGAGAAAUAGAGUAGCCGCUCCAUUAAUGGCUAACAUGCUCCUGACCUGAGUGUCUGGGCUAUCUUAUACUCCUGUCACUCGGCGGCCUAUACAAGUGCUGUGCCAGUCCAACACACACAAACAGCACUGAGCAGAUGUUGGAAAGGGAACCAAGAUGUAUAUGUUAAUAGGUUUUGUAGCUUUCAUGAACUAAAAAUUAAUAAAUCUUGACUCUGGUCUCAGUAGAAAUGACUGUUAUUUUGAAUUUGUGAGCACAUGGUGACUUUUGGCUUCUUACAGCUAAAAGUGGGAGUGUUUGAUCCAGUGACUUCUGUGUGCAUGCAUGACUAUUUUGGUUUAUUUUUAAAGGAAAAUUAAGGUUCCUUUUGUGUAGAUUUUUUUUUUUUUUUGUCAUUAACAUUAGGCCUUAGAUUAAACCAGCAGUUUUUAAACUGUGGCUGGCCCAUAAACCCCUGGGAGUCCUUGAGAGCCUUUCAGGGCACCUGUGAGAUCAAAACUAUUUUCAUAAUAAUACAAAGGCAUUAGUUGUCUUUUCACUCCGUAUCUCAAAAAGUAGUUGAAAAUGUAAAAUGAUGCCAUUUCCCACAAAUCUUUUUUGUUUUAGGAAAUACAGCUAUUUUCUUAAACAUGU